GUGAGAGUGUGUGUGUGGAAGCCUGGUUGUCUCUCCGUGCGCCCUGAUGGUGCGGACGGCCGGCGCGCGGUGCCCCCCCCGCGGGGACCGUCAGCCUGCAGCGCGGGGACACGGAGCAUCCUGAUGCUGAGGAUGGAGACGCUGGUGCUCGGUUAGACCCUGGAGAUGCUUCUUCGCGACGAUAAUACAAAUACGUUAUAUUUAUUAAGUCGCUCUGCCAAUCAAUAAACACAACAAACAAAGAUGAGUGAAUUGGAAACAUCACAAAGAGAAAUACAGAACCGAGAGCAUAAUGUACGAUGGACGAUGAUGACCUCCAGCCCGAGAGAGAAGCACGCACCCCCGGUUCGAUGCGCACGAGAGGACGUCGCCCCCCUGAGAUAACCACAAGGGAGGGAUAUUAAACAACAACAACAACAAAAAGAAAAAAGAAAACACAAAGAAGUAGAAGAAAAAUAAAAGCAGGGAUUUGGAGAUGGAGCUGUCGGAGGUCCGGUGCUCCAGCGCGAGCGAGGAUCUGUACACCAUCAACCCGAGCAGCGCGAGACCCAAGCGGCUGCUGUGGCAGAACGCGGUGCGGCACAUCACCGAGCAGAGGUUCAUCCACGAGCAGGGUGGCGGGGGGGCGGGGGGCGGGGCAGGGGUGAGGGAAGAGCCCUACGACCAGCAGGAGAAGCAGUCCCGGACCUCGGUGGGGGGGCACAACAACGGAGGGACCAAGGUGUUCCCGGCGCGCGCCAGCAGCGACCUGGGCUUCCUGCAGAUCGACUGCGCGCCCAGCAACUCGGACUUCUUCCUGAACUGGGGCUACACGUACCGGGGGGUCAUCUUCCCCACGCUGCGCAACGCCUUCAAGUCCCGGGACCUGGAGCGCCUGUACCAGCGCUACUUCCUGGGCCAGAGGCGCAAGUCUGUGGUGGUGAUGAACAUCUUGGAUGUGGUGACCAAGAUCACGCUGCUGGUGCUGCACCUCACCCUGGCCUCCUCCCCCAUGGACCCCAUCAAAGGCACCCUGCUGGGCCUGUUCACGGGCGCGGAGGUGGUGAUCUGCGCCCUGGUGGUGGUGCGGAAGGACGCCACGUCGCACAGCUACCUGCAGUGGAGCGGCGCCGUGAGCUGGCUGGUGAUGGCGGCCCAGAUGCUGGCGGCGGGGCUGGGCUUCGGGCUGCUGGGGGACGGGGUGGGGUACGUCCUCUUCACGCUGUUCGCCACGUACAGCAUGCUGCCGCUGCCGCUCACCUGGGCCAUCAUGGCCGGACUCACCACCUCCGCUCUGCACAUCCUGGUGCAGAUGCUCCUCUCCCACAAUGCACCGCUCUCCUCCAACCAGGUAGCGGCUCAGGCGGUGUUGUUCCUGUGUAUGAACACCGCCGGGAUCUUCAUCAGCUACCUGUCGGACCGGGCUCAGCGCCAGGCCUUCCUUGAGACCCGGCGCUGCAUCGAGGCCCGGCUGCGACUGGAGACCGAGAACCAGAGACAGGAGAGACUGGUGUUAUCAGUCCUGCCUCGUUUUGUAGUUUUGGAAAUGAUCAACGACAUGACAAAUGUAGAGGACGAACACCUCCAGCAUCAGUUCCACAGAAUCUACAUCCACCGCUACGAGAAUGUCAGCAUUCUUUUCGCAGAUGUCAAAGGCUUCACUAACCUCUCCACGACGCUGUCGGCGCAGGAGCUGGUGCGAAUGUUGAACGAACUCUUUGCACGCUUCGACCGCCUCGCACACGAGAACCACUGUCUGAGGAUAAAGAUCCUGGGCGACUGUUACUACUGCGUGUCGGGUCUGCCGGAGCCCAGACAGGACCACGCGCACUGCUGCGUGGAGAUGGGCCUCAGCAUGAUCAAAACCAUCAGAUAUGUGAGGUCACGUACGAAACACGACAUCGACAUGCGCAUCGGGAUCCACUCGGGCUCGGUGCUGUGCGGCGUGCUGGGCCUCAGGAAGUGGCAGUUCGACGUCUGGUCCUGGGACGUGGACAUCGCCAACAAGCUGGAGUCCGGAGGCAUCCCCGGGAGGAUCCACAUCUCCAAAGCCGCUCUGGACUGUCUGAACGGAGACUACGAGGUGGAGGAGGGCCAUGGGAAGGACCGCAACGACUUCCUGCGCCGCCACAACAUCGAGACGUACCUCAUCAAGCAGCCGGAGGAGAGCAUGCUCAGCCUGCCGGAAGACAUCAUGAAGGAGGCGGCGAGCUCCUCCGACCGCCGGGCCAGCAGCACCACCUUCAACGAGGCGUCCUGGAGCCCCGAGCUGCCCUUCGACAACAUCGUGGGGAAGCAGAACACUCUGGCUGCCCUAACGAGAAAUUCGAUAAAUCUGCUUCCAAACCAUCUCGCACAAGCUUUGCAUGUCCACUCGGGUCCUGAGGAAAUUAACAAGCGAAUAGAGAGCGCCAUCGACUUACGGAGUGGCGAUAAGUUGAGGAGAGAGCAUAUCAAGCCUUUCUCUGUGAUGUUUAAAGACUGCAGCCUGGAAGAGAAGUAUUCCCAGAUGAGGGACGAGGUGUUCAAGUCCAACCUGGUGUGCGCCUUCAUCGUGCUCAUCUUCAUCACCACCAUCCAAGGCCUGCUUCCCUCUGCCAGGAUGGUCACCAUGGUGGUCCAGUUCUCAAUCCUCAUCGUCCUCCAUUCCUGUCUGGUCCUAGUUACGACGGCGGAGGAUUACAAGUGUCUGCCUCUGGUGCUGCGCAAAGCCUGCUGCUGGAUCAACGAGACGUACGCCGCCAGGAACGUCAUCAUCUUCAUCUCCAUCCUCAUCAACUUCCUGGCAGCCAUGAUCAAUAUACUGUGGUGCGACUUCGACAAGUCGGGCAGCGGCUUCAGGAACCAGACGUUCAACGAGUCGGCCUCCAUCCCAGACAUCUGCUUCUACCCAGAGUACUUUGUGUUCACGGGGGUCCUGGCGAUGGUGACCUGUGCGGUGUUCCUGCGGCUGAACUCCGUGCUGAAGCUGGCGGUGUUGCUGGUGAUUAUUGCCAUCUACUCCCUGCUGACCGAGGCGUUCUACACCUCGCUGUUCGUCCGCUACGACACCGUCCACAACAACACAGAGAACUUCCUGGGGACCAAAGAGACGUCUCUGCUCCUGAUGGCCAUGUUCCUCCUGGCUGUGUUUUACCACGGACAGCAGCUGGAGUACACGGCCCGGCUGGACUUCCUGUGGCGCGUUCAGGCCAAAGAGGAGAUCAACGAGAUGAAGGAGCUUCGAGAACACAACGAGAACAUGCUGAGGAACAUCCUGCCCAGCCACGUGGCCCGACACUUCCUGGAGAAGGACCGGGACAACGAGGAGCUCUACUCUCAGUCCUACGACUCGGUGGGCGUGAUGUUUGCGUCCAUCCCGGGCUUCGCAGACUUCUACUCGCAGACGGAGAUGAACAACCAGGGAGUGGAGUGCCUCCGGCUGCUCAACGAAAUCAUCGCCGACUUCGACGAGCUGCUCGGUGAGGAUCGAUUCCAAGACAUCGAGAAGAUCAAGACGAUCGGCAGCACCUACAUGGCGGUCUCCGGCCUGUCGCCUGAAAAACAGCAGUGUGAGGAUAAGUGGGGUCACCUGUGUGCGCUGGCCGACUUCGCCAUCGCCCUCAACGAGAGCAUCCAGGAGAUCAACAAACACUCCUUCAACAACUUCGAGCUGAGGAUCGGUAUGGCCCACGGCUCGGUGGUGGCCGGUGUGAUCGGAGCCAAGAAGCCUCAGUACGACAUCUGGGGGAAGACGGUGAACCUGUCGAGCCGGAUGGACAGCACGGGCGUCAGCGGGAAGAUCCAGGUCCCGGAGGACACCUACCUGAUCCUGAAGGAGCGCGGCUUCGCCUUCGAGUAUCGCGGCGAAAUCUACGUGAAGGGUAUCAGCGAGCAGGAGGGCAAGAUCCGGACGCACUACCUGCUGGGCCGCGUGCAGCCCAACCCCCUCAUCAUGCAGCCGCGCAAGAUCACCGGCCAGUACUCGCUGGCGGCCGUGGUGCUCGGCCUGGUGCAGUCGCUCAACCGGCAGAAGCAGAAGCAGAUCCUCAACGAGAACAACAACUCGGGCAUCAUGAAGGGCCACCACCACUACAACCGGAGGACGUUGUUAGCGCCCGGUACCUCCGAGUCAGGAGGCGGGCAUCACACGGAAGCAGCUGAUAAGACUGAGCUGUCCUGAAGAGCACAUCGGGGCUUCAGUUCCACAAAGACUCCUGAGAGGCGGAGCAGCUCCCCAGGCAGAAACCGUCCCAGGGGUUGAGUUAAACUUCAGCGGGUGCGUUUUUCUGGCUAAGUAAUGAAAGAAAAGCAGGGGGAGGUUCUUCAGGAGUCAUUGCAGCUUCAGUGUUCAGGUGUUGAAAGCUAGAGAUGAGACCACGUCUGCAAGUCCCAAGUCUUUGCAAUCAAGUCCUAAGUCCUAGUUUCGAGAAUAAAGAAGUCACUGCAGCACCGUUUACGUGCAUUGUUGGCAAGUCAUGUCAAUUUCUGUAGAAAUAUCGUGCAAUAUUAUUUUGGACACUAGAUGGCGGUCAUUAGAUGUUCAUGGAUGUACAGUACGAUGGAUUUUAGUAUCCCAGUGUCCUCUUAAUACACAGGUAGGUGGUGGUAGUGAUUGUACACAUGCAGACCUACACACAUGCAGAGCUACAGACAUGCAGAGCUACAGACAUGCAGAGCUACAGACAUGCAGACAUACACACAUGCAGACCUACACACAUGCAGACCUACACACAUGCAGACCUACACACAUUCAGACCUAAACACAUGCAGAGCUAAACACAUGCAGACCUAAACACAUGCAGACCUACACACAUGCAGACCUAAACACAUGCAGACCUACAGACAUGCAGACCUACACACAUGCAGACCUAAACACAUGCAGACCCACACACAUGCAGACCUAAACACAUGCAGACCUACACACAUGCAGACCUAAACACAUGCAGACCUACACACAUGCAGACCUACACACAUGCAGACCUACACACAUGCAGACAUACACACAUGCAGACCUAAACACAUGCAGACCUAAACACAUGCAGACCUACACACAUGCAGACCUAAACACAUGCAGACCUAAACACAUGCAGACCUACACACAUGCAGACCUAAACACAUGCAGACCUAAACACAUGCAGACCUACAGACAUGCAGACCUACACACAUGCAGACCUAAACACAUGCAGACCUACACACAUGCAGACCUACACACAUGCAGACCUACACACAUGCAGACCUACACACAUGCAGACCUACACACAUGCAGACCUACACACAUUCAGAGCUGCAGACAAAAGUUGAAAGUCUCUUCAGCUUUUGACCACCACUCUUUAAUAAAAUCCAACUGUUUCUUAAGUUGUUUGCACGUUGGGAACCAAUCUAGCCCCGGGACGAAACUAUGACGCUUCGUUUUUAGUGGAAAUAGGGUUACUUUGUGAGGAUAGUUAGCAUGUUAGCUUAGCUUACACAUUCACUUGUUGCUUUAACACCAUGAAUGUCAUGUAGGAGUGAUUGAAGUCUCUCACAUAUUUCCUCCACAGUUUUUCGGUUGUACUGAAUUCGUCUGAUCUUGUAGUUUCCUAAGAUAUCAGGUUCAACUGUACCUUAAAAAUUGAGCUCUCAAAAAGAAGCCGAACUUUGAGUCUUGAAGGCAUUUCUAAAGCAGCUAGAGGGAUGACUUUGACAGAAAAAGCCUAACUUUGAAAUAUCUUUUAAGGUCGCUUCCCGACAACAUAUCGAGACACAAGAGGUAUCACUGGAUUCGGCUUCUAGUUUCAUAUGAUGUCAGAAUGUUCACUCUAACUCAAGGGCUUUAACUCAACCAAUGAGAUCGUUUCUGCGUCCUGCAGCCGCUCUGUUUCUGACGAGUGUUUGUAGAGCUGAGGCUCCAGGAGGAGGAGGAGGAGGAGGUUCCUCCACCCUCAUCUGUUGGAACGAUCCCCUCGGACUGUCGGACGUUCCUCCUGUCGUUUCCACUUCCUGUUUUUAUGUCAGCCCCUGCCCAAAUCCCCGUAACCCCCGUCCCGCUGACCCUCGCCCGGUGUCGAUGUUUCUUUUUUGUAUUUCUUUUAUAUAAGAGAA